CAGUCAUGGAGGGCUUCUGCCCCUUGGUCUUCAGUCUGACUUGGCUGCUGCUGCUGCUGAAUCUGCUCUUGCAGGUAAUUCUUGCUAUGCCAAAAUCAUACUCCUUCGAUUGUGCCCUUGAUGAAUACUGGUCUAAAGACGUCUGUUGCAAGACCUGUCCCGCAGGUACAUUCGUCCAGAAGCCCUGCAUGUCCCCCCAUACCCAAGGACAAUGUGAGAAGUGUCACCCUGGAACAUUCACAGGGAGUGAUAAUGGCCUGGAUGAUUGUAGACUUUGCUCUACCUGUGAUAAAGAUCAGGAAAUGGUGGCUGACUGCUCUGCCACCAGUGACCGGAAAUGCCAGUGCCAAACAGGUCUUUACUACUUUGAUCCAAAAUUUCCAGAAUCGUGCCGCCCAUGUACCAAAUGUCCCCAAGGAAUCCCUGUCCUCCAGGAAUGCAACCCCACAGCUAACACAGUGUGCAGUUCAUCUGCUUCAAAUCCCAGAAACCGGCUGUUCCUACUGUUACCACCUUCCUGCAUGCUAAUUUUGCCUAUUGUUGUGUUCUGUAUCCGAAGAAGAGAAAGGUUCUACAGAUGGUGUCUUAGCUUCCUUUUAUUGCUGUGAAUAAAAACCAUGAAGGCAACU